AUGCAAAGUUUUCCCGUUUUAGUUUCUUGUAAGCCGUUAAAAGAUGAAUAUAGUAAAUUUAAGAAAAUUAAUAUAAAUUCUGAAAAUUUCUCUUUAGGCAGAUCAUUGCAAAAUUCAGUUGUUAUACCGUCUUUAAUAAUAUCAAGAAAGCAUUGUAAGAUACGAAAAGAAAAUACUUCUUGGUUAAUAGAAGAUUACAGUUCAUGUAGUGUUGAAGUAAAUGGAGUUAAAGUUGGAAAAGGAAAAACGUUUAAAUUAUGCCACAAUGAUAUUAUAAAAUUAGAUUUAGAACAAGAAUUUGUUUUUAAGUUUAUACAGAAAGAUGAUUGUCCUAUUUCACAAAAAAAGAUUAAAUUAGACAUGCAGUUGGAGGAUAUAAAUUUAAUAAAUGAUGCAAAAACAAGGUUUGAAGAGUCUCAUAACUAUGAAAUAAAACAUAUAGAAGAUAAAAUACAGAAACAAAAGCAAUUAAAAGAAACAAACAAGUUAUUAAAAGAUCAAAUACACCAACAAAUGAAUAGGAAAGUGGAACAACUUGAAAUAGAUUUUGCAUCACAAAUAGACAACUUGAUAGGAGAGAACAAAGAUAUAGCCCAGCAAAAAAGCUUACUCAUUCAAAGACGGGAUGCACAAAUAGCAGUACUAAAGAAAGAAAUGGAAAAAAGAAUUGAAGAGCUUAUGGUUCAAAUUAGGGAACACAAUAAAAUUGAGUCUGAGCUUGUUAUUGAAAAUAAUUUACUUAAAGAGAGGUUUCUUAAAGAGCGGGAGGAUUUUCUUAUGGAACUUAAUAGAGAAAGUACUUCUAAACAAGAAUUACUUGAUAAAUUACAAGACAAAAUCAGAGAACAAGAAGAAAUAAGACUAAAGGAAAAAGCUGAUUUGGAGAAAAUUAUGCAAUAUGAAGCAGAACAAUUAAGAUUGGCAAAGGAAAAAGAAAUAAAUGAUCUCGCCCAACAAAAGAACCAACGUGAGCUAGAACUGACAGAGGAGCUAAAUAAAAUAAAGGAAACACUUGAGAGGCAAAUUGAAUUAACAGAAAAGCAAACAAGUGAAGCUAAAGAACAACUAGCUAACCAAGUCCAAGAAAUGAAAAAGCUAUCAGAUGAGGAUAAAGCAAAAAUGGAUCAACUGGUUAAAGAACGAGAAGAAAUUCAAAAGAGACUGUUAACCGCUGAAGAGGAAGCUAAGAAGUCAGUUGAUGAAUUAAAGUUACGAGUACAAGCACGAGAAGUAGAAUUAGCCACUCUUGCAGCUGACAGGAUACAAAAGCAAUCUGAACAAUCUGGUGAAGUCAUUAGUUCUUUACAAGAGCAACUCGAAAAGGUUAAGGGUCAAUUAAAAAAUGUGCAAACCGAGAAAGAAAAGCUUUUAGAAAACUUUGCACUGCCCGAUAAACUUGUGGCUGGGCCAUCAAAACAAGAGACGUUGGUAGAAGUUGGGCAGAUAAUGGAGAGUGAACUCCAAUGCAGCAUUUGUGCAGAGUUAUUCAUUUUUGCAACCACCCUGAAUUGUUCUCAUACAUUCUGUAAACAUUGUAUUACUUUGUGGAAAAAGAAAAAAAAGGAUUGUCCUAUUUGCAGAGCCCCUAUUGCAUCAGAAUGUAGGAGUAUUGUUCUAGAUUCAUUCAUUGACAAAAUGGUGCAAAAUCUUACAGAAGACAUGAAGCAGAAAAGGGAAGACAUGAGAAAAAGUAGAGAAGUUGAUGAUAAACCACAACGACGGCCCAGCCCAGCAAAGCGCCGAAGAAGAAGCACGUCCGAAAGCGAAUAUAACUACGACUUCGAAAGCGAAGAGACGGACGAGGAGAACUGGUCAGAUUACGAUUACGUCGACAUCUCAGAUCCUUGGUACCAUUUCACCUCAAGUGAUUCCGACGGUGGAUCUGACGGCGAUGCAGAUUCCACGCACGCCGAGACUAGUAACGGCGCCACAAGACAUUAUAAUCGUCGAUUCAGAGAACGUGUCCCCGGUGUCCCAGGGUCAUAUUACGGUGGCUACGGGGUUUGCUUCAGAUGCGGGGCGAGAGGGCAUUGGGCUCCCGGCUGUCCUAGACCGUAA